CACUUUUGUCAAGAUUCCAUCUACUGUUCCCCUCUCUGUACUUACACUGUUCCCCUCUCUGAACCCUAAACCCUAAACCCUUCCGUUGCCAACCGAGCUACGCCCCUGCCGGCAAAACCCACUUUUGUCAAGAUUCCAUCUACUGUUCCCCUCUCUGUACUUACAAAACGCGAUUGUGCUUGCUUGUCUCUACACCCGCCGGAAAAUUGCCCUCUCGCUGGCGAAACAGUGCCGCCGGGUAUGUUGACUCGGACUCCGUCUCGCAAGGCGCCAACGCCUGUUUCGCUGGCUGGGUAACUCGGUGGGUGGAAAAGAUCGGAUCUGAGUUUGACUCGGUUAAGGGAGAAUGUGGGAGGUGUAAUCGAGUUUUCAUUGUUUUUUUGGCCCUGAAUCGUUGCCUAUGGAAUUUUCAGUCAACAUUUGUUCUGAUUUUUCUGUUUCCGGCUAAAAUUUGGAGAAGACGGAGUCUAAUACUGAAGUUUUCCGCUAUGAGAUGUUCAUAUGGCUGACUUUUGAUCGUUUGGAUCUUAAGCAUUGUUAUGAUAAUGCUCCUGAUUGAUGAGAUAUUCGCAACUGUCAUCCAAUUGAUCUCUUCAUUAUUUUUUGUGGAAGGAAGGGUUUGUGUGUUAAAAGAAUCUAAACUGGAUUUUUUGAAGUGUAAAAGGCUAGAUCAGAUGAAAAUAGAAAGGGAAGAUGAUUCCUCCUGUUUGACUUACAUGAUGCAUAGAAGUGGUGGGGAAGCUUUAAGACCCGUACCAUGUGGUGUGAGGAUGCAUAGAAACUCCUUUAUGUCCUCAAAUAUUGGCAGCAAUUUAAAUGAAAGAGCUGAAUUUUAUAAGCGCAAAGUUGCAAAGUUUGAUACACCUGACUUUGAAUGGACUGAGAAAAUACUGGAAUGUCCGGUGUACACUCCAAGUGUGGAGGAAUUCCAGGAUCCUUUAGUUUAUUUGCAAAAGAUAGCUCAAGAAGCCUCAAAAUAUGGUAUCUGCAAGAUUGUAUCUCCUGUGAGUGCUUCUGUUCCUGCUGGUGUAGUUCUUAUGAAAGAGAAAGCUGGAUUCAAAUUUACUACUAGGGUGCAGCCUCUUCGUUUGGCUGAAUGGAACAGCGUUGACAAGGUCACUUUUUUCAUGAGUGGAAGAAACUAUACAUUUCGCGACUUCGAGAAAAUGGCGAACAAGAUUUUUGCUCGUAGAUAUUAUAGUGCUGGAUGCCUUCCUCACUCCUUCAUGGAAAAAGAAUUUUGGCAUGAAAUAUCUUGUGGAAAGACCGAAAGUGUUGAAUAUGCAUGUGAUGUUGAUGGUAGUGCAUUUUCAUCUUCUCCCAGUGAUCCGCUUGGAAAAAGCAGAUGGAACUUGAAGAAACUCUCACUGUUGCCAAAAUCCAUACUGCGUCUUCUAGAAACUUCUAUUCCGGGAGUCACUGAACCGAUGCUUUACAUUGGAAUGCUUUUUAGCAUGUUUGCAUGGCACGUGGAAGAUCAUUACUUAUACAGCAUCAAUUAUCAUCACUGUGGAGCAGCAAAAACUUGGUAUGGCAUUCCUGGUCCUGCAGCUCUUGAUUUUGAAAAGGUUGUCAGGGAGCAUGUUUAUACUCAAGAAAUAUUGUCAUCUGAGGGCGAGGAUGGAGCUUUUGAUGUCCUCUUAGGCAAGACGACAUUAUUUCCACCCAAAGUUUUGCUAGAGCAUGAUAUUCCUGUUUAUAAAGCUGUGCAGAAGCCUGGUGAAUAUGUUAUAACUUUCCCCAGGGCUUAUCAUGCCGGAUUCAGUCAUGGUUUCAAUUGUGGUGAAGCUGUCAACUUUGCUGUUGGUGAUUGGUUUCCGUUGGGAACAAUAGCUAGCCGGCGCUAUGCUUUGCUUAACAGAACUCCUCUCCUUCCUCAAGAGGAGCUCCUAUGCAAAGAAGCAAUGCUACUUCAUGCUAGUGUGGAACUUGAAGACCCAGAAUAUACAUACCAAGAUUUGAUAUGUCAGGAAAGCAUUAAGGUUUCUUUUGUAAAUUUGAUCCGAUUUCAGCAUCGUGCUCGUUGGUGUGUGAUGCAAUUGAAUGAAUGCAUUGAUGUCUCUUCUUUUUCCCAUGGAACAAUUCUUUGCAGUCUAUGCAAACGUGAUUGUUAUGUAGCAUAUCUCAAUUGCCGGUGUUACUUGCAUCCUUUGUGCCUUCGCCAUGAUAUCAAAUCGAUUGAUUUGAAUUGUGGAGGUAUUCUAACACUGUCUGUGAGGGAAGAUAUCUUGGAUAUGGAAGCUGCAGCGAGGAAGUUUGAACAGGAGAGUAUGUCCCUUGAGGUUGAACAAUGUUGUAGAAAGAGUGAGGACUUUGUUUUGCUAUCUAGCAUAUUCUCAGGAGCUGAAAGUGAUAGUUAUAUACCUUACUGCGAAAUUUCUCAAAAAACGUCCCAAGUUACAAAUCAUCCCUUUUGUGAUGGCAAUGGAUCAACUGGGACUCAAACUUCAUAUUGUUAUUAUGAUUCUGGUUUUGGUUCAUCGUCACUAAUGUCAACUGAAAAUCCUCACUGUAACACCAAUGAACACAAAGUGCCCAACAUGAAGAAUCAAAUGUCUCAGCUGUUGUCGAGACAUAUUGUUGGAAAUAGCUCGGAAGUCUCAAAAGCCUCAUGUAGUGAAUAUAUUGUUUCCCAAAGCACAAUUGGUCACUGUCUGGCUACCAGAAGUACCAUUACUGAAGAAAGUGAUGAUUCAGAUUCAGAAAUUUUCUGUGUCAAACGGAGAUCUUGUAAAGUGGACCUGAAGAUUGUAUGUGACGCUGGCCAUGUUAAUACUGAACAACAGGGAUUCAAGCGUCUCAAGAAACUCCAACCAGAAUUACGUUGCAAGCAGAUAACAUCAUAUGAGUGGUGUUCUACUGCUGAUAGUAAUUGUAAUUCUGCUGAAUCAAAAGAAGCCUUAGUUGGUCUGUCAAGGGACAAACCGCUGAAGGCGAGAGCCAUUCCUAUCUCAAUCAAGUUUAAGAGAGCAGGAAACGAAGUUGUAAGUAAGCAUGGAGAAUUUGACAGAGAUGAAAGGCAUGAGAAUGAGGUGGGGAAAGUCAGGAGGGAACCUCGGCAGAUUGAGAUAGGGCCCAGGCGCUUUAAAGUCAAAGGUCCAUCAGUUUUCGGGCACAAGGAGCAGUUGAACUAAAUUAUUUAUCAGAGUGCUGAUGAUCUGCCACUGAUUAUCUUCAACAAGCUGACUUUGCUAACAACAUUUGCCUCGAUUGGGAAUCUAACAACACAGGAAAUUUACAAGUUUCCACGGUGGGGAGCAGUGAACAAAUUAACCAAGUUUAGAGUAAAAGCAUCAUCAUAUUUUUUGUGCAGGCCUCAAAAUGGGGCGAUUUGCAGGGUAAACAAUUCAUUGGGGGUUCUCGAGCCGGGGUGUGUUUUCCAGUCUUUGGCUGGAGAAUAAUAGCACACGCAGUGAGUAGAUAUUAGAUUAGUUCCCUUGUUUUGGUAUUUGACGGUUGAUUGAUUUUUGUGAGGACAUUGCAACGGGUAAAUUCCCGGCAAUGACUCAUUAAUACCUGUUCUGCUGCUUCCCAUUGAUAGGACUAUCACCACAUUAUUUUUUGUAGACACUGGCCAUCACGCUUCAAGACCACUACACGAACAAAAAUCUAUCUUUUGAUGGGCCA